AUGAAUAUGAGAUUGUUUUCGACAUUGUCAAGGAGUUUAACGGUGAGGAGGCAGAGGCCGGCGCUGGUCCUUCCGGCGAUUCCAACACCUCGGGAAACUAAGCAAUUGUCUGAUGUCGAUGACCAGCAAGACUUAGGGGAAGAGCUCCAUCCUCCAUUUCCGGGAUUGGAGGAGCUGGUGUUUAAUGUUCCAGGCUCCAAUGCAAUUCUACAUUCUCCUCUGCUUCUUAUACAGGUGACCCGUCUCCAAUGUGGCGGAUUUAUAUUUGCGAUUCGCUUUAACCAUGCUAUGGCUGAUGGAAUUGGCCUCGCCCAAUUCAAAAUUGCCCUUGCCGAGAUCGCCAGGGGAUCCUCUGCCCCUUCAGUAUCUCCGGUGUGGAUGAGGGAGCUUCUUAUAGCUCAAGACCCUCCACGAAUAACUUCUUCCGUGCGUCACGAAAUUGACUUUUUACCUAGCAUAAUAAGAGCUCAGCUCCCUCCUGAGGAAGAUUUUGUCCGCAAAUCCUUCUUCUUCGGCAAGAGUGAGAUCAGUGCCCUCCGAGCUUCCCUUCCGCUUUACCUUCGAAACAAAUGCUCUGACUUUGUGGUCCUCACCGCCUGCCUCUGGCGCUGUCGCAUAUUCGCCCUCCAACCUGAUCCAGACGAAGAAGUUUCUGUCUACUACACUGUAAAUGCCCGUUCCCGAUUCCAUCCUCCCUUGCCAAUUGGAUAUUACGGAAAUGCAUUGGCCAUUUCAGGGGAGCAAACAACGGCAGGGGAGCUGAUGAAAAACCCGUAUUAUUACGCUGCAGAGCUGGUGAUGAAGUCCACCGUGAGGAUAAAGGAGAAGCGUUUCGAGUCGGCAACAGACAAAUUGUCACCUCUCGGGAAACUCCCGAAAAUCUCGCUGGAAUCAGCGUACAUGGUGUCCGAUUUGACGAGACUUGGUUUCGAUGAAGUGGAUUUCGGUUGGGGAAAACCUGUUUACGCUGGACCAGCUGCGGAGCCAAUUCCUGGAAUUAGUACUUUUCACAUCUCGGCAAACAAUAAACAUGGAGAAAAAGGAAUCGUCGUCCCAAUGAGCUUGCCGGGAUUUGUUAUGGAAAGGUUGAGUGAAGAGCUAAAGAAGGUGGUGUCGAACAGUAAACCAUAG